AUGAAAAAUGUACUGGUAAUUGACGACGACGAAAAAAUCUGUUGGGCAUUCGAGCAAUUCUUAGAAAGCGAGGGCUAUCGCCCCAGCACUGCAAACAAUGCCGAGGAAGGUUUACGCCGCAUCGCAGCUGACAAGCCGGACGUUGUCUUACUCGAUGUGAAAUUACCGGGGAUGAGUGGUUUGGAGGCGUUAGGCGAAAUUAAGGAGCAUCAUCCGUGGGUAAUUGUAAUUAUCAUCACGGCUUAUGACGAUGUGGAAACAACCAUAGAAGCAAUGCGCUUGCAGGCGUUCGAUUUCGUCCCAAAACCGAUCGAUCUGGAUAUCGUCAAGAGUGUCCUGGAACGUGCUUUCCGGACACAAUCUGUCCGUAGUACUUUGCCUGUGGAAACAGCAGACGAAUCGCCAACAGCACAGAUCGGACACCGAUUGGUUGGAAAGAGCAGCCAGAUGCGCGAAAUCUACAAACUCAUCGGAAUUAUGGCGAGCAAUACGAUGACUGUGCUGAUUGAAGGCGAGACAGGAACCGGCAAGGAUCUGGUUGCACGCGCGAUCCACACAGGUAGCCCCCGGAAGGAGGCACCAUUUAUCCCUGUUGAUUGCGGAGCUCUUCCUGAUGAACUCUUAGAGAGUGAGCUGUUUGGUUACGAAGCGGGAGCGUUCACAGGAGCGAAAACAGAAGGGAAACCCGGACGGUUUGAAUUGGCUAAUGGGGGUACACUUUUCCUCGAUGAAGUCGGCAAUAUGACCCCGACAUUACAGGUGAAACUGCUUCGCGCUUUGCAAACACAAGAAAUUGAACGGUUAGGCGGCACCCGGCGACUUGAAGUGGAUGUGCGUGUCAUCGCUGCCACGAAUCAGGAACUCAGUGCCAUGGUGAAGCGAGGGCAGUUCCGUGAGGAUCUCUACUACCGUUUCAAACGUAUCGCGCUCCACCUUCCACCGUUACGGGAACGUCGAGAGGACAUUCCGCUACUUGUCACACAUUUCCUGAAACUCGCUCAAGAGGAACUCGGUAAACCGAUUUGGGGUAUCUCCGAAGAAGGGAUGAAAUUAUUGCAAGACUAUCCGUGGCCCGGCAACGUUCGUGAGUUGGAGAAUUGCAUCCGAAGCGCGGGGACACUCUGUCGUGCAGAUGUGAUUCUUCCAGAUGACCUACCGCCAGAAGUCCGAACGGGGCAUCAGAUAGAUUCUACCGGUGCCUCACAACUGGAAGUAUCCCUCAAAUCUGUUUUGCAAGACGUUACAAAAGAGGCUGUCAUGCAAGGAAGACAAGGGCUUUACGAGGAGGUUGUUGCGCUGUUAGAUAAAUCACUCAUUGAACUGGUGUUAAAUGAAUUUUCGGGUAACCACAGCAAAACAGCGGAAUUGCUCGGCAUGAGUCGGACGACUCUUUUGAAGAAGAUUAAGCAGAGCGAUAGUGGUUUUUAA